UUAGGCUAAUCUCUUUUCAUAAACAAAAACAAAGCAGUGAUGAUCAUUGACAAUUCAAUUGAAUUUAUUGUUGCAAUCAAUGAAUCAUUAUGCCUAAUUUGAAAUUUACGAUUCAGUAGCAAAUCAGCAACAAUACCACUUAUGAUAAGAAGCGAACAUAACAAUUCACCAUGACUUGCUGUAAAAGUUGUGUUGAGUGGAUAACCGGGACAAACUUCUAUGUUUAUCUAAGUCAUUUUUUAUCAUCAUGGGGGGAUCGCAUGUGGGCGUUUGGCAUUGGCUUGUUUUUGAUCAACAUCAGCCCAGAGUCUCUUCAGCUUACGGCAAUAUAUGGACUAUGUAUAGGCUUAAGCAUCUUGUUUUUUGGGGCUUUGGUUGGUGACAUUGUGGAUGAAACACCUAGACUAAAAGCUGCACAGACUGCUCUUGUUUUACAGAACCUUUUCGUAGUGAUAUGUGCUAUAGUUGUGUACAUAUUCCUAGUGUACACUGACAGCAUAUUAGCCUAUGGCGCCUGGACUAGAUACACAAUUUACUCCCUCAUCAUCCUACUCUGUGUUUUAUCAAGACUUACCAGCAUGGCUCGCCGUAUUGCUGUAGAGAAAGAUUGGGUUGUUGAAAUGUGUGGAAAAGAUUCUGACAGACUAGCAACAAUGACAGCAUCAUUGAGGCGUAUUGAUCUGACCACUCAAGUACUGGCUCCAAUAGCGACAGGUUUAAUUAUGACUUAUGCUGGUGUGAUGUUUGGUGCACUGUUCAUUGGAGCGUGGAAUCUGGUCUCAGUGUUCAUUGAAUAUUAUUUUUUAUGGCGAGUCUACAACACUGUGCCUGCUUUGAAGAAGAAAAAGAACCUGAAAAAAUCUCAGAAAGUUGUGGUAGAAGAGCCUGAGGAAGAAAAUGUAACAAUGAAAGAAGAAAAGACAGUAAGUGGUGGAAAUGUUGAUGGGUCAAGUGUUGACAAUGUAAACAAAGAGAACCUCGAAUGCCCAGAAGAGGAUGGUGCUACUGCCCUCAGAGAAAUUGAAGCUGAAAAACCAAUGAUGAUCCAGGACUCUCCUGUAGUGGAGGUAAAGAAAACUCAGUGUAAAUGCUACAGACUGUUCAACAGUUUAGAAAGGCUGUACCGAGGCUGGCCAGUGUAUGCACGCUAUGAUGUUUUUUAUGCCGGCCUUGCGUUAGCUUGCUUGUAUAUGACUGUGCUUGGUUUUGACAGUAUAACUGUUGGGUAUGCUAAGAUGAAUGGAGUUCCAGAAGCUGGUGUAGGUAUUAUAAUGGGCUUUGCUGCACUGUUUGGUAUCUUUGGCACUGUGAUGUAUCCUAUCAUGAGACGCAGACUGCAGUUACCGAGGACUGGUAUUUUUGGGCUGUCUCUCCAAGUGGCAUGUCUUGUUCCAUGUGUUAUAUCUGUAUGGAUGCCAGGGAGCAAGUUUGACUUAUCAAAAUCAUCAGAUCUUAAUUCUACACUUUUAGAAAAUGACAAUUGUACACAUGCAGAUCCAAGUUCUUCUAAUGAGACAAUGGACUGCACCCCACAUACCAUUGAUCUGGCAUCAAAUGUUUCUAUAUGGAUGUUACUAGUUGGCAUAGUAACAGCAAGAUUUGGUUUAUGGGUUGUAGAUCUGUCUAUCAGCCAGCUGUUCAUGGAGUCUGUUGCAGAGGAUGAAAGGGGAAAAGUCAAUGGCGUCCAGACCUCACUAAACCAACUGAUGGAUAUGUUGAAGUAUCUGAUGGUAGUGCUGGCUCCUUUCCAACAUCAGUUUGGCUUGCUUGUAAUGAUAUCUUUUUGUUUUAUUUGUCUAGGUUGGAUGUGUUAUGCCUUCUUUUUAAAAAAGAGCAGGGGUCAUUUUUUCCAUUUUGAAAAGUGUACUCAAGGUUGUGUAACCAAAGCAGUGAUGUAGUUUCUUUUUCGCAGCUCUUGUUAUAAGGAAUGUAUUUACUGCCUAGAACAAAAUGUAGCAAUAUGUAUUCUUAUUUUGUCUUAUCUUGUAUUAAAUUAAAAUUAUAUUUUACAGAAUUUUAAAAAUAGAUAUUAUAUUGUACAGAAAAAAAAAAAAAAAAAAAA